CUGGUUCGGCUCGAGUUCGGCUCGGGUCCGACUCGGGCUCGACUCGGGUUUGACUCGGGCGCCCGACUCGGUCUCGACGGGCGUUCGACGCAGCUUCGGCGCACGAGUGGAGCGAGUGGCUCCGGGAAGGUCCCCAGAGCGAGCACCUGAGCCAUGGGAGGGCGCCUGCAGCUGGCCGCUGCGGCCGCCCUGGCGCUGCGCGGCCGCGGCCAGCCCGCGGCGGGCGACCCGGACGAGGAGGCCGGGCUCUUCGACUGCGGCCUCGGGGCCGAGCGCUUCCGGGCCGUGCGCGGCGCGCGGAGCGGGGAGGCUGGAGUGGAAGCCGGAGGUUGCCAGUGGGUGCGCGUCGUCGGCGCAUCGUUCUUGCCGGGCCAUGCCGGAGGUGUGGCCUCCGCGUCGCGGUCGUUUUCGGAGGCGAAGGCGGCAUGUGAGGAGAUGGGCGAGGGCUGCGCUGGGGUCACGCUUCAGCCUUGCGCCACGGAGGAUGAUCUCGUGUACUCGCUGCGGGCCAGCAGGGACUGGCACGCAUCGCCGUACGGCGAGACCUCUUGGCUGAAGGAAUGCGGCGCCUCGGAGGAGGCUCCCGAGGCAGAGGCCGCGCCCGCUUCGGCCGAGCGGUGCGGCGAGGACCGCUUCGUGCGGCUCCGUGAGGCCGCGAGCGAUUUCUACGCGGACGGCGUGCGAAUGGGUAUCGGUCCACCUGCUCCUGUACUUCGGUGA